AUGGGGGCUGAGAACCACACCUCUGUCAUGCAGUUCAUCUUGGUGGGACUCAGCAACUCCUGGAAGACACAGAUGGUGCUCUUUGUGGUCAUCCUCACCAUCUAUGUGCGCACCGUUGUGGGGAACCUUACCAUCAUCCUGCUAGUGAGAGCCGACUCUCGUCUCCACACCCCCAUGUACUUCUUCUUGACUCAUCUCUCAGGCCUGGAGAUUUGUUACGUCACCACCACCUUGCCCCAGAUGAUGUCUCACCUAUUGGCUGGAAAUGGAACAAUCUCUUUCACCCAGUGCAUGGUCCAGAUGUACAUUGCCUUGGCCCUGGGGUGUACAGAAUGUGUUCUGCUAGGUGCCAUGGCAUACGACCGCUGCUUGGCCAUCUGCAACCCCCUGGUAUACGCCAUAGCCAUGGGCAGGGGGCGCCAAUGGCAGCUUGCCUCCUUUUCCUGGGCAGGGGGCUUCCUCAUUGCCACGAUCAAUGUGACCUGCACCCUUUCCCUUCCAUUCUGUGGGAGCAACCACAUCAACCACUUCUUGUGUGAGCUGCCCGUGGUGCUUAAACACACGUGUGCUAGCACUUAUUUUGCAGAGCCCAUCAUUUUUGUGGCAUCCACGCUGAUCCUGGUGGGCCCCCUUUCUGUUAUCCUGACCUCUUAUGGGCUCAUUCUUCAUUCUGUCUUACAAAUACGCUCAACUGCCAGAGGGCGCAAGGCCUUCUCCACCUGUGCCUCCCAUCUAGCAGUAGUGACAUUAUUCUAUGGUGCUGGCAUCUUUACAUACAUGGGACCUCAGUCCAGCACCAACUCUGAUAGGGACAAACAUACAGCCGUCUUUUACAUUGUGGUCACCCCCCUGCUCAACCCUAUUAUUUACACCCUGCGGAACAAGGAUGUCCAUGGGGCAGUGGCCAAGCUGUGGCCAAGGUUGGGCCUAGAGCGAUGA